AUGUCCCAAGUCGGUCGUUACCGAAAGAAGAAACCAAAGUUCCUCACUGUGGCAUUAGAGCUCUCGACCAAUGCUGAUGGUGUUGCGACCUCCAUUGUUGGAAAUGAGAACCCAGUCCAUUCUCGAGAGAACACAAUUGUUCCACGGCCCCUGUUUCCCUACGGAAUAUACGCAGUAGAUCCAACACCACGAGCCCGUGAGCUCAUUCAUUUCAUACAUGUCGAGGCCGAGUACCUUUACCGUCCCUUCCGGCGAGAAUGGUUCUCAAUGGCGGUUAUUGAUACCAGUGCCUAUUUUAUCUCGCUUGCCAAUGCGUCACUGUACAUGAACAGAAUGAUCUGCCCUGGUGGCCUUGAGUAUAGUGAUUGUCUGGAGUCAUCCAGCUACUAUAGUACAUGUCUCAACACCCUAUCGAAGAGACUUUCAUCUCGCACUGAACGGUCGAGUGAAGGAGUCAUUACAACAAUACUCGGUUUCUUAUGCCACGAUUCAAACGUCAGCAACUGGCAGAGGUGGGCCCUUCACAUGAAGGGCCUUCAAGAGGUCAUGCAGAUCCGCGGUAGCUUGCAAGGCCUGAGCAGCUGGGUCACGGGUUUUAUCUUUUGGAUGGACAUCGUAGGCUCAGCAGUGUCCGACACUAAACCUCGUUUUAGCAUCCCCGCCGAUCUCACCCCGGUUUCCUCCCGACAAAAUGUGGCUUCACCGUAUCUCCAAUCCCUAAUGCUCCGACUAAGAACGCACAAUUCCCCGGCGCUCAAUGAUACCGCCCUUUCGCUCGAAGGGGCCAGCCAUGUCGCUGACAUUGUCAACCAUCAGGCUAAAAGCCCCACCUUCUGGAACGAUGGUAUGAACGGCACACGACUGAUUGGUCCGCUCUCCCAUCAGUUGCUCUCUCUGCCGAGACUGACAGAAAGCACCUUUGAAUCCGCAACCGCGCUCGAUGAAGCGCUGCGAGAAAUGACCAGACUUGCACUUCUGGUUGUGCUGGCAAGGCUGAAGCUGGACUUCACAUACAUUGCCGACGAGCUUGGGCCUCUACAAGACCGAUUUGCACGUAUUUUCGCCCAUGAUAUCAACCAUGAUGUCCGGUUCCCAGAUCUACAGCUCUGGGCGCUCAGUAUAUUUGGGUCUGUGGCUACGCAAGGUUCAAGUCGCGAUCUUUACACAGUCCGAGUCUGCGAGGUUGCAAAUCGUAUGGAAAUCAACUGCGGGGCUUCUGCAUUCCGUACCAUAAGACAGAUUUUCCUCAUUGAUGAUAUGAUGGCGACGGAUGUAAGGGCUCUUCUUCUCGAAAGCAUCUGCUCCGACCGAGACUGUUGUCCCAAGAACCACUGUUCGAGAUCUAUCCAGCGCUCGUCCCAACGGAGCGAUGCUCUUUUGAUUUAA